AGAGGGACAGGGACCAGGGGGGCCAGGGCAGGGACCGGAGACCGCAAUGGAGUCUGGCUUCACCUCCAAGGACACGUAUCUGAGCCACUUUAACCCUCGGGAUUAUCUGGAGAAAUAUUAUAACUUUGGGUCCAGGCAGUCAGCAGAAAACCAGAUUCUUAGGCAUCUGCUGAAAAUCCUUCACAAGAUAUUCUGCCUUGAUGGUGUGAAGGGGAACCUCCUGAUUGACAUCGGCUCUGGCCCCACCAUCUAUCAGCUGCUCUCCGCAUGUGAGUCCUUCAAGGACAUCAUCGCCUCCGACUAUGUCGACCAGAACCUGCUGGAGCUGGAGAAGUGGCUGAAGAAAGAGCCAGGGGCCUUCGACUGGUCCCCGGUGGUGACCUACGUGUGUGAGCUGGAAGGGGGCAGAGUCAAGGUGCCGGAGAAAGAGGAGAAGUUGAGGCGGGCCAUCAAAAGGGUUCUGAAGUGUGACGUGACGCAGAGCCAGCCCCUGGGCGCGGUGGCGCUGCCCCAAGCCGACUGUCUGCUCAGCACUCUCUGCCUGGACGCUGCGUGCCCAGACCUGCCCACUUACCGCUCGGCCCUCAGGAACCUGGGCAGCCUGCUGAAGCCCGGGGGCGUCCUGGUGCUCGUGGAUGCCCUGCAGAGCAGCUAUUAUAUGAUUGGCGAGCAGAAGUUCUCCAGCCUGUGUCUGGGCCGGGAGGCCAUCGAGGCCGCCGUGACGGAGGCUGGCUACACCAUCGAACAGUUUGAAGUGAUCUCUCAGGGUUACUCCCUGGCCAACAACAAGGGACUUUUCUCCCUGGUGGGGCGGAAGCUGAGCUGA